AGAGGGGUUCGGAGCAGGCGAGGGCUGGACAGGCUGGGGGAAGAAUGGUUACGCCGGCUCCUCAUGCUCUGGUUGUGCUGCUGCUCUACAGGCUGCGUGUCAUUCAGACACAGUCCUGCCUUUCCUCGACAUGAGCCUCGCAGGAAGAGUCUCCUGCUCCAUGCUCAACUGCUUCGGUGAAGAGGGGCCCCCCAGUCUGGAGUACAUCAAGGCCAAGGACCUGUUCCCCCAGAAGGAGCUGGUGAAGGAGGAUGAAAACCUUCAGGUGCCGUUCCCAGUUCUUCAGGGGGAGGGGGUUGAAUAUCUUGGCCGUGCUGAUGAAGCCAUCAUUGCCAUUUCCAACUACAGACUCCACAUCAAGUUCAAAGACUCCGUCAUCAAUACGUACCCAGGUGUGGACAAUCAAAUCUCUGUCCCAUUAAGGCUGAUAGAAGGCGUGGAGAGCAGAGAUAUGUUCCAGCUGCACAUCAUCUGUAAGGACUCGAAGGUUGUCCGAUGCCACUUUGCAACAUUCAAGCAGUGCCAGGAGUGGGCCAAGCGUCUGAACCGGGCCAUCGCCCACCCUUCUCGGUUGGAGGACCUUUUCGCCCUGGCCUAUCACGCCUGGUGUCUGGGAGGCAGCGCAGACGAUGAAGACCAGCACGUUCAUCUCUGCCGCCCAGGCGACAACGUACGUCACAGAAUGGAGAUGGAGGUCAAAAGGAUGGGCUUCGACACGCAGAAUCUGUGGAGAGUGUCCGACAUCAACUGCAACUACAAGUUGUGCUCCAGCUACCCUCAAAAGUUUCUGGUUCCAAUAUGGAUCACUGAUAAGGAGCUGGAAAGCGUGGCUUCCUUCAGGUCCUGGAAGAGGAUCCCUGUGGUGGUGUACAGGCAUCAGAAGAACGGUGUAGUGAUUGCCCGCUGCAGCCAGCCCGAGAUCAGCUGGUGGGGCUGGAGGAACACAGACGACGAGUACCUGGUCUCGUCCAUCGCUAAGGCCUGUCAGAUGGACACCGGAGCCAAGGGGCCACCAGCCAGCCGGCAACGGGGGGAUGCACCAGACUCUUCUGACAGCGACUUUGACUCCUCUCUGACAGGUGGCCCUGGCUGCGAUGACAACACUGUGCCACAGAAACUGCUGAUCCUGGACGCCCGCUCAUACACUGCUGCAGUGGCCAACCGAGCCAAGGGCGGAGGCUGUGAAUGUGAAGAGUACUACCCAAACUGUGAGGUAAUGUUUAUGGGAAUGGCCAACAUCCACGCCAUCCGCAACAGCUUCCAGGCUCUGAGGACUGUCUGCAGUCAGAUCCCGGAUCCAGGAAACUGGCUGUCAGCACUCGAGAGCACCCGAUGGCUGCAGCACCUGUCCGUCAUGCUGAAGGCGGCCGCGCUAGUGUGUUCAGCCGUGGAGCGGGAAGGCCGACCCGUCCUGGUACACUGUUCCGACGGAUGGGAUCGCACACCUCAGAUAGUAGCCCUGGCCAAGGUUCUGCUGGACCCCUACUACAGGACGUUAGAGGGUUUCCAGCUGCUUGUAGAAACUGACUGGUUGGACUUUGGCCAUAAGUUCGGGGACCGCUGCGGCCACCAGGAGAACUCGGAUGAUGUGAGCGAACAGUGUCCGGUCUUCCUGCAGUGGCUGGACUGUGUUCACCAGCUGCUCAAACAGUUCCCCUGCCUGUUUGAGUUCAACGAGGCCUUCCUGGUCAAGUUGGUGCAGCACACAUACUCGUGCCUUUACGGCACGUUUCUGUGUAACAACAGUCGCGAGAGAGAGGCAAAGAACGUCUACAAACGAACCUGCUCGGUGUGGUCGCUGCUUCGCACAGGAAACAAGAACUUCCAAAACUUCCUCUACAUCCCCAGUCAUGACAUGGUGCUGCAGCCAGUCUGCCAUACUCGUGCGCUACAGCUGUGGACAGCUGUUUACCUGCCCACAUCCUCCCCCUGCACAGCUGUGGAUGAAUCUGUGGAGCUCUACCUCCCCCCAUGCGUCACAGGAGACGAGCUCACCUCCCGCUCCCUCGACAGACUUCCCAAGACCCGCUCCAUGGACAACCUGCUGUCAGCUGUUGAGAACGGGGUUCCUCUGACGCGUACUUCUAGUGACCCUAAUCUCAAUAAGCACUGCCAGGAGGGUCGCGCUGCACUGGAAAUGUCAUCUGCCAUGGAGAACACAUCUGCAGAUGGCUCUGGAGAGCUCGUCCCAGACACGAGAGUGGAGCAGCAGCUCGGACUUCACCAUCCUGCUACGAGCCCAGAGGUUGUUCCAGCUGCAGAGUGUGCAGAAGACAAACCGGAGGAGCCUUGUCUUACCACUCAGCCCCUGCCUUCUCCACCCCUCCCUCCGGUCUCUGUCACUUCUGACAUCACACACUCCGCCUUUAACACUCCGGUCCUCCACCAAGCUUUGCCUCAGAUCACGAACCCUCCAUGCCCAGAGCCUCCGCUGGAAGAGGCUGAAAGCCCCUGUAGUCCUGCUGCCCGCCCCACGUCACCCACUCACAAAUCAGAGCCGUGCUUACCUCUCCCUUGCAAGAGCAGUCAACCUGCAGCCAACCCGCCCACCUCGCUGCUGAACGGACACUUUGACGGUCAUGUGAACGGCCUGCUGGCUCUGAAGCAACAAACCCCACUCGCUCCCAUGGAAGACUCCACUGAGACUCUCACAGAUGAGGGGGAGCUCCCCCCGACCUCCCCCUCCCCAGUAACCCAGCCCCUUACCCACAGUCUUCUAAACGAAAAGCAGGCUGAGCUGCAGCCUCAUGUUCACCCCCAUGAGAAGGAGAACGAGGACACGAGGACAGAGGUAGUGAAAGGAAGGGAGCGAAUGUCAACAGUUGCAGCUGCUACUAUAAACUCUGCCCAGGCCAACGUUCGCCAUCUGAUCUCCCGGAGCCAGCUCUCAGAUCUGUCCCUGCUGGGCUCUCACUGGGACAGCGUCCAGGGCCUGGUCCAGUCCGCCUGCAGCCAUUCUGCCGUGAGCCGAGCCCUGCAGCCCAACAACUACCAGAGCCGCCAGCUUGCUAGUAAACUCCUCCGUGCCCACGGCCUGGCUCUGGCCAGCGGCGCCCAGUGCUGCCGCAGGGAGGCGCUGUGUUGCAGCCCCCUGCAGCUUUCUGCUGCCCGGAGUGCAGGCUACAACAGCCUGUACGGCCCCGCCAUCGCCGCCCUCAACGCCUACUCCCUGGCCGGGCAUCAGCUGCAGCACGCACCGUACUCUUCCCCCUCUGCCUCCAGCUCCCCUCCCCCAUCUCAGACCCCGGCGUACCUGGAUGACGACGGGCUGCCGGUGCCGCUGGACGCCGUGCAGCAGAGAUUGCGGCAGAUCGAGGCCGGUUACAAGCAGGAGGUGGAGGUGCUCCGGCAUCAGGUGCGACAGCUGCAGAUGAGACUGGAGAGUAAACAGUACGGCACGCCUCCCUCAGAGCCAGACAUAGACUACGAGGACGACAUCACUUGUCUGAGGGAGUCGGACAACAGCAACGAGGAGGAUUCUCUGUCCACCCACAGUGAGGACCGUCUGUCUGAGGGCAGCUGGGACCGAGUGGAGCGCAAGGACGCCGAGGUCACGAGGUGGGUGCCCGACCACAUGGCCUCCCACUGUUUCAACUGCGACUGUGAGUUCUGGAUGGCCAAGAGACGACACCACUGCAGGAACUGUGGUAACGUGUUCUGUAAAGACUGUUGUCACCUGAAGCUGCCCAUCCCGGACCAGCAGCUGUACGACGCGGUGUUGGUGUGCAACACCUGCCACGACCAGCUCCUGGAGUCGCGCACCCGCGAGAUCCGCAGCCAGCAGCUCAAGAAGGCCAUCGCCACGGCGUCCAGCUGAGCCCAGCAGCGUAGCGUGACCCGCCUCUGCUCUCUCCAGCUCAUUCGGGGCCGAGGAACCGAGCUCCCUGUUGUAACCCCCCCCAACCUGCUGGUGUUUUAGCUGCGGGGCCCGCGCGGCGAGGAGGAGCGGCUCGGUUUGGAAAGGAGAUGCACUGAGACUGGAAGCUGGUGAUGCGAGCGGGAAGCAUGUUCGCAGGUGGUGGUGGUGUCGGUGGUGCAAAGACAUUUCUCAGCCUGGGGUGCUGCGGCGUCAGGCUGCCUCCACCCGGCGGAGUCCUCCACAGCGCCCCGUCUGAGACACAUCUCUAACCUCUCCACCCACCUUCAGCCCCGAGACACCUGCAUCCUCCUGACAGACGCCAUCUUGCACUUCAGAGGACAAUCUGUCCCCCUUCCACGUGUUGGGGACUCCAAAGCCUUUACCCGUACUACUCUACUACUAGAGGCUUUCAACUUUAAAAGAGGAUUGCUGCUACAGUAUUUAAAAGUCUAAUUUUGUAUUCUUAUUUUGUGCACUACUAGCUGUCGUGUGUUUGAGGGAUUAUGAGACCAAACUUGAGCAAAAGGGAGAAAUCUGCUGUUUACUUUGCCAUUGCAUCUUAUUUUUCUUGGAUUCUGAAUGUAACACGUCGCUGGGGUAACUGGAUGGAGUUUCUGUUCACGUGCAUUUUGGUGGGUCGUAUAAAUGUUCAUUGCUGCAACGUGUUCUCGGAAAUUAUGUGUAUGCACAGUCCGUGUGGUUCUGUCUUUAUCAGCGCUUCUCUCCAGUACAGCCAUGUUGCAACGGGUGAGGCUGUUGCGAGGAAGGCCGCGGGGUCAGGACGGGUGCAGAGACGGCCGUUGGAAGGUGCUGUUGGUUUCCUGUGAUGUGACUUGAGGGAAUCUUCUGAAGGUUUGAGCUGAGGUUCUGGUUUGCUCCAUGUAAAGUUGAAAAGUCCCUCCGAUGGAAGACUCCUCAGCACGGACCGCUCGGGGAGAAGAAGGUGCUCGGAUAGCUCCCACUCCCCUUUUUAGGGGAGUUCACGUACAGCCCCCCCUUUUUAAAAAAAUGUGUCUGGAUCUUCUGGCUGCUCCUUAAGAUAAUAGUGCCAUAUUAAGUUUUGUCUAUUUCUGAAGCCUUUUUUUUUUUUUUCCUCCUAAACGGACAGCGGCAGGUUUCUAAUUGGCCACAUCUGUGUACGUUUUAAUGGUGCAGAUAUUUAGUUGCUUAACUAAAGAUUAACAGACGGUCGAGGUAGAUAUCGGACGACGGGAUGUCACUGGUUUAGUAAACCUUCGUGGUUAUCCCUCUGAUAUUUUUGCACGGUUUUGUUGAAGUCCAAAUCUUCAAACGGAGCUCAGAAAUGUAACAUAUAUAGUUAUCUGAUCUGUAGUGGUGGCUGAAGCCUGUCACUUAAUGAAUAAUUGUCGUAAAGAAAUGCACUGUAAAAGUUAAAUCCCAUGGGUUAAAAUAAAAGAUUAC